AAUCAUACAAGGCCAGAAAGAGAGAAGAAGUAGAGACCCAAGUUUCUGUAGUUUCUUUCUUUAGUUCCCUUUUGUUUUAGAACCAUGAAAACUGAGGAUGUUCCAUCAGCCCCUUCUACUCCUGCAACCCCAGGCACUCCUGGGGCUCCUCUCUUUGGUGGGUUAAGGUCAGAGAGAAGUGGGAAUAGAAGAAAAUCACUCCUUAAUAGCUGCAAGUACUGCUUCAGUGUAGAAGCAUGGGCAUUGGAAGAAGGCAAGUUGGGCCCUAUGGGUUGUUCAUUGCCUCCCCCACCAAUCUCUCUUGCAAGAAAGGUGGGAGCAGAGUUCAUAGGCACCUUCAUACUAAUAUUCGCAGGGACAGCCACUGGGAUUGUGAACCAAAAGACACAUGGCUCUGAAACACUCAUCGGUCUCGCCACCUCCACCGGCCUCGCCGUAAUGAUAGUUAUACUAUCAACAGGACACAUCUCAGGAGCUCAUCUUAAUCCAUCGGUCACCAUUGCCUUUGCAGCUCUCAAACACUUCCCAUGGAAACAGGUACCUGUGUACAUAAUAGCACAGACGAUGGCUUCAAUCUGUGCUGCAUUUGCACUGAAGGGGAUCUUUCACCCCUUCAUGAGUGGUGGAGUCACUGUUCCCUCAGGUGGAUAUGGUCAAGCCUUUGCUUUGGAGUUCAUCAUCUCCUUCAAUCUCAUGUUUGUUGUCACAGCAGUAGCCACUGACACAAGAGCUGUUGGGGAGCUGGCUGGAAUCGCUGUUGGAGCCACUGUCAUGCUCAACAUACUAAUCGCAGGGGAGAGCACAGGAGCAUCCAUGAAUCCUGUAAGAACUCUGGGGCCAGCCAUAGCUGCUAACAACUACAAAGCCAUCUGGAUCUACUUAACUGCUCCAAUACUCGGUACACUCUCUGGGGCUGGCAUCUACUCCAUCGUCAAACUGCCAGAAGAAAAUGAUGCAGACAAGCCGUCAACGGUACAGAGCCUGAGAAGGUGACACCUCCAACAGAACAUGGAAUAUAGUAAUAUAAUUCAGCCUUCUUGCAAAGAUGAAAAGCAAAAGUAUCCAGGGAGGAGGUCAAUAUGAUCAAAAGAUCAAUGGGAUUCUGCAUGGUUUCAUGUCCACUUGCUACAUAAAUAAAAGAGUACAUCAACUUUGCAUGAAUCAAAAACCUAGACCAACCUAAAAAAUUCCAAAAAGAGGAUAUGUAACUGAGGGGGAAGAGGUUAGGGUUGACUCUUGUCAUGGCUCCUCAGAGAUGAGUUAAUUAGCAUAUGUAACUGUCAAGUGGUAAGGAUUUUUUCCUGUGUUUCUAAACAAAUUAAGGAGCUUGGAAUUAGCACUAAUAUAAAGAACAUGGUUUAUCGGUUACUCAUGUUUAUCAAUACUACAUUUCAGUCAUAUAAACAAAA